AUGACCGUUGACGUUACCUUCACCGUCACCAUUACCGUCAUGAUGACCAUUAUCAUCACCCUUACCGUUACUGUUACCAUCAUCGUUACCUUUACCGUCAUCGUCACCAUCACACUUAUCGUUACCGUUACAAUCACUAUCACCAUCACCGUUACCUUUACCGUUACCGUUAUUGUCACCAUAAUCGUUACCGUCACCUUUAUCGUUAUCGUCACUAUUACUGCCACCAUUACUAUCACCGUCACCGUUAUUGUUACCGUUACCAUCACCAUAACCGUUUCCCUUACUGUUAUUGUUACCAUUACCAUAACCAUUAUCGUAACCAUUACCGUCACCAUUAUCGUUACCGUCACCAUUACCAUUGCCAUUACUCUUGUUGUUACCGUCAUUGUUACUGUCACCAUAAUCAUUACCAUUACCAAUACUUUUACCAUCACUAAUACAGUGAUCGUUACUGUUCCCUUUACCAUUACUAUUACUAUUACCAUCACAUUUUCUGUUAUUGUAACCAUUACAGUCACCUUUACUGUGAUCGUCACUAUUAUCGUCAUCUUUAUCAUUACCGUAUCCAUUACCAUAACCGUCAUUGUUACCGUGACCAUCACCGUGACCGUUACCGUCACCGUAACCGUAACCGUUAUCAUAACCAUUAUCGUCACCAUUACCGUCACCGUCACCGUUACCAUCACCGUUAUCGUUACCAUUACCGUUACUUUUACCAUCAUUGUUACUGUUAUAAUAAUUGUUACCGUUACCGUUACAGUAACUGUUACCAUCAUAAUUACCGUCACUGUCAUCAUUACCAUCACCGUCAUCGUAAUCGUUACCAUUAUUGUUACUAUAAUCAUCACCAUUACCAUUACUUUUACAGACAUCGUUAUCGUCAACAUUACUAUCAUCGUUACCGUCAUCGUCACCGUUACCAUUACUGUGACCGUCACCAUUACCGUGACCUUCACCGUCACCGUUACCGUUAUCGUUACCUUCAUCGUCACCCUUACCGUUAUCGUCAUUAUUACCAUUACUGUCAUCAUUAUCAUCAAUGUUAUCGUUAACAUCACCAUUAGCACCACUAUUAUCAUUAUUACUGUUAUCGUAAUCAUGACCGUUAUCGUCAGCAUUACCGUUACUGUUACCGUUUCCGUCACCAUUACCGUUACCAUUAAAGUUACCAUCACCGUUACCGUUACUGUUACCGUCACUGUCACUGUCAGCAUCAUAGUCACCAAUACCGUUAUCGUCACCGUUAUUGUUACUAUCACCAUCACUAUUACCGUCAACGUCACCGUUACCUUUUCCAUUACCCUUACCAUCACCAUUACCGUUAUUGUCACCGUUAUCUUCACCAUUUUCGUGACCAUUACCAUCAUCGCCACUGUAACUAUUACCAUAACCGUUACCAUCAUCGUCUCUGUUACCAUUACUGUCAUCGUUACAGUCACCGUUACCAUUACCGUCUCUUUUACCAUCACCGUUACUGUUAUAGUUAUUGUUUUUGUUAUUGUAACCGUCUUACAAUUACUCUAA